GAUUUGAAGGACGCGGACGAGUUCUUCGAGUGCCUCGCCGGCGGCGACGACACGGUGGACGCCGACGAGCUCGAGAGCGCGUUGCGCUUCUGCGGCAUGAACCCGAGCCGCCGCGACAUCGACCGGGUCAUGCUCGAGAUCGACCAGGACGGCUCCGGCGAGCUCGACCGCGACGAGUUCAUCACGCUGCUC